AUGUCUGAUUUUGCUGAGCAAAGAAGUGCCAUUAAAUUUUGUUUGCGGAAUGAAAUUUCGGCUGCGGAAACGUUCAGAAUGUUGCAGAGGGCCUUCGGAGAAUCGACUAUGUCGCAGAAAAAUGUUUAUAAGUGGUACAAAGACUUCAAAGAAGGCAGAGAACGUACUGAUGACUUGGAACGCCCCGGACGACUAUCAACGUCAAUUGAUGAGCAACACGUGAAGAAAAUCAAGGAAUUGGUGCUCGAAAAUCGUCGAUUGACAAUUAGAGACCUUGUCGAUAUGGUUGGCAUUUCAUUUGGUUCAGUUCAAACAAUUUUGAAGGAUCACUUGGGCCUCACGAUAAUGCGCCGUCUCACACGGCAUUGA